AUGGCGUUCUACAGAGGCAAAGAAGCGCCCAUGGACUUUGAGCCGCACAGUCCUCUUUCCGCCCAGGACAGUCGUCGAUCGACCCCGUGGCUCUCGGCCUACCAGGCCCUCUCGCAAAGUUCGCCCCAGAAGCACAGCGACAGCUCCAUCGCUGGGGACCUCAUUGUUCCCGCGACCUCCUCUCGGCUUGCCAUUGAUAAUGUUUACGACUGGAAUAUGCGAUCGCAAAUUCUCAAGGGCUCGGCUUCCUCGCCGGGCGCAGCUCCGACAGCCAAGUCCGUCUUUUCCACACUUCCCAAGCCGAGCAUCAGCGAGCGCAGCGUUCUUCAGCCAUCAAGUCGGCUCGCACAUUCAAGUGAAACCAAAGACCACCCUAGCGGAGCGACAUCCACGCUUGGAUUCUCGCUCAACCCCUUUGCGACCCCACAACGAGAUGCGAGAGAUAUGCCCGACAAGCCAACAGCCGCUGGUCCUGUUUCCCGGACUAAUCAUGCCAACAUCCCGCUCAUCAUUGGAGGAUAUCUGCAGCUGAUCGUCAGCCUGUUCAUUUUUGCCUUGAUUGCGUACUUUGCGCUGCAGCUAGUAUGGGCGAUUCAGGAUGACAUCCAAACCAAAAGCAGCAAGCAGUCACAUGUCAACUUCCAACAGAGAGAGGCUUGCGCCGACAACUUCAACAAAAACGGGUGCAUCAGACCGGUCCCAGCUCUGGAAGAACAAUGCCGCGAGUGGGAGUUUUGCAUGAACAAGGAUUCUGAGAUCGAAAGGGUCCAGAUAGCAGCCGAGAUGGUUGGCGAAAUCCUCAACAAACUCGUUGAGCCACUCUCUCUCAAGACGCUGGUGUUCCUUUCGACGCUAUUUCUGGGUGCCAUGAUGAUGUCGUCGUCGGCUAUCGGCUUUUUCCGAUCCAGCAAGACCCAGACGCCGCCUCCCGCUCAAGUCGUCCAGCCCGUUCACCAUCACUACAUUGGAUCACCGUUGCCACCGACGCCGGGAUACGAUCCCCAGCAUGAUGGGAUGCCGGCGGUAUCAGACCGUGGCCCCAGAGGCGGGGAUUUGCUCCCUGGUCUGCAUCACAUCCUGUUGGCCGCCAUGGACAAUGCCCGGGACUGGAGAUAUCGAGGCGAAGGCAACGCAAACAUCGUUGUCGCCUACGGCGGCUCCGAUCCGCGAUACAUCGGCACCGCCCUUCGGAUCCGAAAGCGGCAGACCAAAGGUGCCCCGGUUGAUGAAAAUGUGCUGGCCCGUUUCUCGCCCAUGGUUAUUGAGAGGCUCUUUGGACGGCAAUACCUAGGGCUGUGGGACGUCGUGGACUUGGAGCCGGGUUUCCUCGCCGAGCUCGAGGGGCUGGUCGAAUCCUCUCGUCCACCUACCCGAAGAGCCAAGCACGGCAUCGAUCUGUCGCAGCAACGGGCCGUGCUUUGCGACGAUCUGGCUUUGCCAAGGAGGUUGACCAUCCCCAUCAAGGCGAUCCACGACGCAGCCAUCGAGGUCGUAGACGACAGACCAGCGAUCCUUGCGAUCGAGAUCAAGCCCAAGUGCGGAUUCCUCCCAGCCUCCAAAUCCAUUCCUGCGGCCAAUCCCAAGCUGAGCGAGUGUCGAUUCUGCAUGCACCAACACUGGAAGGCCCACCAAAACCCAGGGUGGGUCAGGAGCCGCUAUUGCCCUCUGGAUCUGUACUCUGGAAACCCCGCCAAGAUUCGGCUGGCCCUCGAAGCCCUUGUGAAGUGCCCGCAAAACAACUUGAGGAUCUUCGCAGACGGGAAACCGGUCGACGUUUCACUGGAAAGCACCCAGCGAACUCUGUGCCGAUUCUUCAGGUCUGAUGAUGGGCAUCGGUCUCUCGUUCAAGUGUUGGUGGAUAUUCUGCACCAAGAUCGACUCCUCGGCGCUUUGCGGGACUUUCAGGCCCAGCUCGACUCUCACGACAUCCUUGGAGUCUAUCAAAUAUACUCGGAACUACGCGACACGGGGAGCCUGGACAGAUCUGAGCCGACGCUGGCCCAGUGGGAGCGCAUUGUCGAUGAUCUUGCCGCUCGACAGCAAUCCAGCUGCUCUGCAAACGACGCCAAGGAGAGAGUGGCAGAAUCGGCUUCAAAGGCGGACUUUGAUAAUGACGAUAGCAAUUGUAACGACCGCGAUAGCCUGCUGCAGGCCCAACACCGUCAGAUCCACGAGUUCCUGCUGGCAACCACACUCAAGGACUGUUCGAUCAUGAUUGCGCUCGGCUGGCCCCAGCCAGAUGCAUCGCCCGUCUCCGCAGCAACACCAACAGCAUUAAGAUGCCCUUUUGAGAUCAAACUUGUGGACAUGGACCCGAAAUCCAUGCGCAAAAUGGAGCAUUACUACGAGCUGGACGAGAGUAUCACUCGGUAG